AUGUCACUUCUUCGAUCUUCUUCUGUUUUAUACAAAGACAUUGUUGAUUUUAGUUCUGCAGCAGUACAAGGAUUAUCAAAAUUUUGGAAAAUUGUACUUAGCUUGAUAGCAGUAACAACUUUGUUGAUAGUAGUUACUGCUCCAACUGUUUAUUUCUCCUUAAAUGGUGGUGGAACAACUACAACAACGACUUCAACUACUAGUACUACAUCAACUUCAACUACUAGCACUACAUCAACUUCAACAACUUCAACAACAAGUACGAGUACUACAACAACUACAACAACAACAACAACAACAACAACGACAACCUCAACAACUAGUACCACCACAACUACAACUACUACUAGCACCACAACGACUUCUACCACAACAACAACAACAACAACCACAACAACUACUACCACCACAAGCACAACUUCUACUAGCACUACAACAACUUCUACAACAAGUACUACUACAACAACAACUACUACUACGACGUCAACAACUACAACUACGACCACUACAACCAGCACAACAACAACUACGACAACAACUACAACAACAACUACGACAACAACUACAACAAUAACUACUACAACCAGCACAUCAACGACCUCGACUACGACUACCACCACAACAAGCAAAACUACAACUACGACAACAACAACUACGACAACAACAACAACGACAACAACUACUACCAGCACAACAACAACUACGACAACAACAACGACAACAACAACUACUACAGCUCCAUGUGCUACUGGAUAUACUCGAACACCAUCUGGUACCUGUGUCAAUCUUUUGAUUGAUUUUUAUAAUUGUGGUUCAAUUGGUUAUGUAUGUGCUUCAACAUAUACAAGUUGUUCCUAUGGUAGUUGUAGUGGUGCACCUGCUGUACAACUUGUAGGUGCUGUUACGAUUUCUGGUUGGGAUGGUACAGUUAAUAUUGAUGAUGCAUAUGUUACUAUUAGUAUACCUUUUAGCAUCUCAUUGUAUGGUUAUUAUACGUCAAGUCCAUCAGUGCAGAGUAAUGGCUGUAUCUGUCUUGCUGGCUGCGCUAAUGAUUGGACAAACGGAGCUUUACCAAGUGGUAGUUUCAGCGGACCAACAGCUUUUGGCUUUUGGGAUGAUCUAUAUAUAUAUGCAGGCACAUCUGAAAGUGUCUACUAUGGUGCAACUGGUACAUAUCCUAAUCGAAACAUGAUCUUCGAGUUUUAUAUGUCGCAUUACGGCGCUUCAUCACAGUAUUAUCAUUUUCAAAUUGUAUUCAGUGAGGCUUCACCUAAUAUCGUUACAUACAAGUAUUAUCAAGCAUCAGAUGGAGGUUCUUCGGCUACAAUUGGUGUUCAGAGUUCAGGAAGUGGUUUCAGUAUUACAUAUGCUGUGGAUUCGGUGUCUGUACCCUAUGGAACAUCAACAACAAACAGUCCGACAUUAACACUGACAUUCAACACAAUUACAGGAACAUAUUCAAGUUCAGGAUAA